GUCCGGCCGCGCCGGCACCCCCAGGCGGUGUCUGCCCUCAUCAAAGAUGGCGGUGGGCAGCGCCGCCGGUCACUAGGCUCCCGCCGCUCGCUCCUCGCCGGGCUUCGCGGCCGACAUGGCGGCGGCCGAGCUGGAGUACGAGUCCGUUCUCUGCGUGAAGCCCGAUGUCAACGUCUACCGCAUCCCGCCGCGCACCUCCAACCGCGGGUACAGGGCAUCUGACUGGAAACUGGACCAUCCAGACUGGACAGGGCGGCUUCGUGUCACCUCCAAAGGCAAAACUGCUUACAUAAAAUUGGAGGAUAAGGUUUCAGGAGAACUCUUUGCCCAGGCUCCUAUAGAUCAAUACCCUGGCAUUGCAGUGGAGACUGUGGCAGAUUCCAGCCGCUACUUCGUCAUUCGAAUUCAGGAUGGGACUGGACGAAGUGCUUUUAUAGGCAUUGGCUUCACGGAUCGGGGCGAUGCCUUUGACUUCAACGUCUCUUUGCAGGAUCACUUCAAGUGGGUGAAGCAGGAGACUGAAAUCUCCAAGGAGUCCCAGGAAGCUGACACACGUCCCAAAUUAGACUUAGGGUUUAAGGAAGGGCAGACCAUCAAACUAAACAUUGGGAACAUGACGUCAAAGAAAGGAGGAGCAGCCAAGCCCCGUGUGUCUGGAUCAGGGGGCCUCAGCCUGCUGCCACCCCCACCAGGAGGCAAAAUUGCAGUCCCUCCUAUACCUCCCCCAUCUUCCACAGCCAUUGCCAACCACGUCACACCACCACCUGUGCAGCAGUCCAGUAAUGCCAGCAGUGCAGAUAUUCUUUUAGACUUAGAUGCUCCUGCAGCUGCAUCCAAGGCACCAGUAUCAGCUACCACAGACCUCUGGGGAGACUUCAGCACUGCAUCCAGUGCUGUUCCCAAUCAGGCUCCUCAGCAGUCCAACUGGGUCCAGUUCUGAAUGAUCAAAGCAGUGGAAUGUGAUAAAUUGAUGACCUUGAGGCACCAAAUGGGAUCAGAGGGGGUACAAACCUCUCUAGUCUUCAAUCAAAUUGGGACAAUCCUUCAUUUUUAGAUCAGACCUUCACUUAAACUUACUGGUUUUGAUCCCACUGAACCUAAAGAGAACAUACUGACUCUUCCCAAGAUGGGCAAGGAGGAAAGAGGUAGCCUUAUCUCCUCCAUCCACUUGGCCAUUACAUGGUACAUCCUAGCUCUUUUUCCCUGUCUUUCCGUACAGGGAAAGCACGAAUCUUGAAGAAAGUGGGUACAGGAGGAGGCUGGGUAGGUGCCUCUGGGUUCCUUGUCCUUCAAAUUUUCUCUAGCUAGGCUGUUGCUUUUUGUGGCUGCUUUCAGUAGUGACUACAGCCCCUACAGCUUGCGGUGCUGAGGACAGCUGCAUUUGGCUACACCUGCUGAGUGGAACCUCUAAGGACAUAGAUCUUCUCUCAGCACAGAAUCCUCUUGGAUUAAUGACACCUGUGGUGAGGAGUGACCCUCCCCAUGCACACACUACUCUCCUGUCUUUGGUGCAAUUCUUGGUAGUGCUGCAUGUCCUCAUGCUCCUGUGGAAGGAGUCAUGCAAGUCCUUGAGUGGACCUGCUGCCGUUGCGCUGUAGUUCCAGGUGGGCACCCCAUCUCGAGGCUCCUCAUUUGGCUUGCAGGUUCACUGGAGGAACUUCUUUCGUUUUAACUCCUCUCUCCCCAGGCAAAGGCCUCACUGUCACUGAGCUGUUUUAACUGGAAAUAGCUUUAAGAAAAAAACCCCCUGUUUUUACAAUUUGGUAGUUACUUGCACUAGAUGACAACCAGGUGAUUGCCACCACUCAGCAUUUCAUGUUCCUGCAUCACUAUCCUGAGCCCUGGCCUUGUGUUGUGACUUGGCAUUGUGUUACAAGUAUUACAUAUCUACAGUAAGAUUAUGGUGGGACAAUAGAUUAUUCUGUGAUGAAGGGACAGUCUCUUUCUCCUUUUCAACUCACUCAUUUGAGCAAGAAAUGUAUAGUAGGCUCAAUCCUGAGAUCUGUGGGAGCAAAAUUCUCCCACUUGUGUUCUUUAUUAUGACUUUUCUUCUGAGUCCAACUUUCAGGGAUGUGAGCUAGUUAUUGGAACUUAGAUUUUUUUUAUUAUUAUUUUUAAUGUGUCCAAGCCCUCUCUAUUUCUUGUGUGAUUAAGGGAGUUAGAAAGAGGUAAAAAGCCAUGACUUUCUACUUUUUUCCUUUGGGAGAGUUUCCUGUGGCCCUUCAUUGUGGACACUACAUCUUCAGGAGCUGUGGAUGUGAUGUGGGGUGUAAGUCUGUUGAUUACUCCGGGCAAAUUCACAGGGCAGGCUGGAAGCCUCACAGUGCUGAACUGGUACCCCUCGUGCUGGCACAGAAGCCAAAACACUAGCUGGGGAGGUGCUCUCUCUCAGUGACUCUUGGACAGCUGUACCCAGUUACUGGAACACUAGGGCUUUGGUGCUUUGCUGGAAGGAUUCUUCCCAUUUUGAACACUCAACACAGCAACACUUUUGUGUCUCUAGCACACCUUCACAAGGAAAUGUUUCCCCUUGGGCAAAAAUUUUCUGGUGAGGUUUUUAAAAGAGUAGUUAGACUUAUGCACCUUGUAUUGGCAAAGGUCUUUUGUCAUUUUUGUUUGGCUACAGUGAGGGCAUUUUGGAGACAGUUUCACUUAGACCAUCCCUCUGGGGAACAACAUUCUUGAAAUAGCUCUAAAGCUGCUGCAGUUCCACUUGUGGAAGUGGGGACCAGACUGCUCUUGGAUGUAUUUUAAGUAGUCAUUUAACCCUGAUUCCCUUGCUCUCUUGGUGUUUCCCCCUGCCAGCCCUCCCCUGCCUUCAUAGUCACUCCUGCAGUCUCACUGUACUUCAAGCCCUGCCUCCUGAACUUGUGGGUGGCUGUAGUCUGCAAGCAACAUCACAGACUCUGCUGGGUUGGCAUUUUGUUUUGUCUUCUUUUUAUUUGCUCACAUCCUUGUGAGGUCCUGUCAUUUCAACUAUGUAUCAAUUCCCCAACCAAGGAAGUUCAUGGCACCAAUUAACAACUAAAUAGGAGCCUCUUCUGUAUUGUCUUAGUAUUCUGGAGAUAAUAUAUUAUGUAUUUGAAAAGCUGAAGAAGCAGAAAUUAAAGAUAUAUGUAUAUAAAGUAUAAGAUGUACUGGUGCAAAUGGUAAUUAAACAAAUAAUACUGGGGAAAAGAA